CGGAGCAGCUGGAGCCGCUGGUUGGCUCUGCUCCGGCCGCGGCGGGGUUCACCGGCCCGAGGCCGGGUUCCAAGCUGGCCCCCCGGAAUGUCGGUGGCCUUCGUUCCCGACUGGCUGAGAGGCAAGGCGCAAGUCAACCAGGAGACCAUCCAGCGGCUCCUGGAGGAGAAUGACCAGCUAAUCCGCUGUAUCGUGGAGUAUCAGAACAAAGGCCGGGCGAAUGAGUGCGUCCAGUACCAGCAUGUGUUACAUAGAAAUCUCAUUUAUUUGGCUACCAUUGCAGAUGCGAACCCUACCAGUCCUUCAAAAGUAAUGGAAUAACCUUCCGCCUGGCUGUUGUGAGGAGUAAUGGAAUGUAAUCCACUUCAUGUGAAUUGGAGUCAGGAUCUUUACCAACUGAACUGCUGAAAACAUGAAGGAAAUCUCUGGCUCUUUUUAAAGGAAAUGUGAAGAAAGCUACUAAAUUAACUGUAUUUCAGUGUAUCAUGGGCAGGGAAACUAAGCCUGCUUUCUUAGCUUCAACCCGAAGAGGAAACCGAGCAGCUGCCUGGCAAUCAGAAGGAACCGGGGAGGCUCCCAGCUGAGGCCCUGCCAGUUGGACAUGUAACUGCGUUUCCCCUUCGACCAGUUUGGAGCUCUGGACCCCUGCCUGCUCUUUUCAGGUUGCUUCGAAAUAAAGUUC